AUGAUAGCAACAAGUUAUAAGCAGAUUUUAGUUCAGAAUCUUUUACCUUCUGCAUGUGAAAUAAGACUUGAUGAAUUUAUAUUCAUACAAAAUAACAACCAAAAACACACUGUAAGACUUGUUGAAGAAUACUUUGAUGAAAAUAACAUUGAUGUUUUAGAAUGGCCUCCACAGAGUCCAAAUCUAAAUCCCAUUGAAUCCAUAUUGACUUAUAUUAAGUGUAGGUUAGCAAACAUAGGAAAGUUAAAAAAAUCGAAUUGA